CUAUAACUAAUAAUAUCAAGAUGCUGUCCACUGUUGUUUUAAUAUUAAUUAUGUGUGGAGGAGGUCUGACCAUGAGAAAGGACACAUCAAUCAGUGUAACACAGAGUUUGAUGAGUCUGCUCCUGGGACCAGCUCAGAUACACGUGACAUGUAUUUGUUUGAAAUUAUCACUAAACUUUACUGGAAAAGAAAACUAUUAAGAAUGAAAGGAUGACCGUUCACGUUGGUUCAGUUACACUGAAGAAUUCAGAGUGAGGGCCCAUGAGGCCUCUGGGGCCCCGUCUGAAGGCAGAGAGGAGACGUCUUACUGAGGAAUGAAUCAAGUUCAACUUCCCACAGACUUCAUGGACCUUUGAUUUGGUUUGGAUUAAAGCUUUUUGACCUUUCACCUCCUCCUCGGAGACCCGCCUGCUUCUUCCAUUCCUUAUAAUACAGACGGUCAAGUUACGGAGCGUCAUCUGAAACACACGGCACUUUACUGGCACACACUGACUAUAGUUUAUUUCUGUUUACCAUUCUAUGAUUGCUUUUGUAUUAAUGUAAAUUAUCUGCUGCGUAGCAGAGGGAGGUACAAACACAAUUUCACUUUACAAUCUGUUGUAAUCUGACAAAUAAACCAUGUCCCUUUCUGAACGUCUUAGUCUGUCUUAAAAAAACUCAAUAAAUACUUAUCAGUAAGCACCUGGUGUUUCAGGUGUGUGCCGAAUUAACCAGCAGCUCUUCCUGAGUCUGAAAAGCCUCGACAGUAUUUUUUAGCAGGUUAUUUUAGCUACUAUUUGAUUCAUUUGUAGUUAAAAUGAUGUUUUGUCAAACGGAGUCUGGUUCCCCGCUCGGUUCAGACGGCUAAAAAACGGCCAGCAAAACGUCUUUAAAACACACGUUUCUUCCACACGUAUAACAACUAUUAAACUGCGGGGAAACGUGAAGAAUUCAGUCUUCAAACUGAGUUUUAUGAGACAUUUUACGAAGCAGCAGCAGCAGCAGCAGUGUUUACCUUCACUUCCUGCUUCCUGCGGACUCUGCACCAACAGCGCAUGCUCCUGUCUCCAGGCCGAAAGAGACAAGAUGGCGGCCGCAGCGUCCAGGAGGAAAAGCGUCAGACUGAAAGGUUCUGCUGGAAGAGACCUGGACCCGGACCGGACCGGCCGGGACGUCAGAACCGGGAAACGGAGAGGAGAGGAGAGACGCAAACGUCAGCACUGUGACAAAUCCUUCACAACAUCUGGAUCUUUAAAGAUUCAUCAGAGAAUUCACACUGGAGAGAAACCGUACAGCUGUGACCAGUGUGGGAAAACUUUCACUGCAUCACGUACCCUAGAAGCACACAGACGUAUUCACACUGGAGAGAAACCGUACAGCUGUGACCAGUGUGGGAAAACUUUCACUGCAUCACGUACCCUAGAAGCACACAGACGUAUUCACACUGGAGAGAAACCGUACAGCUGUGACCAGUGUGGGAAAACUUUCAGUAGAGAAGGUUCCCUAGAAGCACACAGACGUAUUCACACUGGAGAGAAACCGUAUGGCUGUGAACUGUGUGGGAAAACCUUUGCUCAGUCUGGUACACUUCAUAUUCACAGACGUGUUCACAGUGGAGAGAAACCGUACAGCUGUGAACUGUGUGGGAAAUCUUUCACUGGAUCAGAUAAAUUAAAAAUUCACAGACGUGUUCACAGUGGAGAGAGACCGUACUGGUGUGAACAGUGUGGGAAAACAUUUACUCAGAGUGGUCACCUUCAGCGCCACCAACGCACUCAUGUUGCUUCGUGUUGAACAUCUCAGAGCCAAGCUAGCUGUUUCCUCCUGCCUCCUCCUAAUGCCAACAGACAACAGUAACUUCAUAUUUUGAGCAGCAUGUAUGUUAUUGUGGUUAUGAACCUCUACUGGCCUGCUGUCAUCACAGACACUAUGUAGCUACGAGGCCAUUAAUCUACCAAGUGUUUUCCUGAAGAAUCGCUUGGCCCUGUUUCAGAAAACGGGUUUAGUGAAAACUCUGAGUAGGUUGCUGUCUGAGCCUGUGAUGAGAGAUUAAAUUAACUCUAGAUCAGUAACUGAUGCUUUGAAGUAAACCUCCUCAGGAGGACUCUCUAGUAA